CAAAGCUAGCUCACUGUAACUGUCGCUGUAAAGGUGAUUAUAAGCCCAACCGGCAAAAACUAACACUGAGAGCAAAGCACCUGCUUGAUGAGACUUCAUCCAAAAGACAGAAGAACCUGCUUUUAUAGGACAUUUCAACACUGGAUAUUAAGAUGCGAUGGCCAGCUAGCGAGCAAUCAAAAGCUCGCUGGCGCUAGCUGGUUCGCUACGUUACAAAGCUAGCUAACAUCUCAGCUAGCUGCGGGAGCUUCCUACACAACGAUGAGCUGCUAACUUCAUAUUUUACUUCUCUCACAUUUGUUUCUGAGUCGUGGUACCAUCGAGUUGGCUGUGUUUGGUUUGUACGCUGGUUUUACUUUGCUGUCUGUGGAAAGGUUUUUUACUAAAAUAUAUAGGUCACAGCACCCGGCUAACGAUAGAUAUAUGGGUCAUAGACAUCAUAUUAGCAGGCUGGAACAGCUGGUUAGCAGAAUAGCUCUUAGCCUGACAAAACAGAAAUUUAAUUUUAAGGCAUUUCAUACGGGAAGAACUUGAAUACGUUUAUUCACGCGCGUGUGGUUGUAAAGUUCACAUUGCAGCUGGACUGUCAGGGGUUUGCAUUUGGCUUAAACACAACAUUUAAUUCUAUCAUAUUUUGAAGUCGUCGUUGACUAGCCUCUUCUGUUAGCUCACUUAACCGAGCAACUUAACUAACCAGCUAAUAUAAAGCUCGCAAUAAACAAAGGUAACUCCGCUCAAGUUCGACGACGGUAUGUGAGUUAGGUGUGCGACACGACUAGGGCUGAGCUUCAUGCAUUUAGUUCUGCGAGCACACCUCUGAGUUUUUAUGUGUCUGAUGAUCCAGUGCAUUUAAUUUAGCUGUGGUCUGGCCACAGUGUUUGUAGCGGCUUGGCUUUUCUUCAUCUUGUCGUCGAGCUCGGCUGUUUGCAUGUCAUGUUCGGCACAGUCUGCCUAGUAUGUGUGCUUAGGGAACUGAUUUGUCAUGCUCGCUGAAGAAUUGGAUGUCCCUCGCUCCUAGCUGGGUUAACAGUAGCUUGGCGAAGCUCUCAGACAAAGUGGACUGUCGGGGUUGGAGAGAGGAUGGCAUUCCAUGGUGCAGGCCGACAGACAGUGUGUGGCAACUUGUUUCCGGGCUCCGAGUUGGGCCACAAGUAUUUCUGCGUCAACUCUUCCUCUGGAGCUCCCUCCACGGGCCUCAGCGCUACACCGUGUCUGACCGGACCUACGGCCCCGGCGGGGACGCCUCGCCACCCCACAUCUCUUGGAGGAAGCACCGGCGGCGGGGCUGCUGUGCCUCAGCCCUACAGCAACCCGGCUAGUGAGGUGCCAAGCCCAGCUGAGAUGGAGCCAGAUCGCCCCAUUGGCUAUGGCGCAUUUGGUGUUGUCUGGUCAGUUACAGAUCCUCGUGACGGUCGCAAGGUGGCUUUGAAGAAGAUGCCCAAUGUCUUCCAGAACCUCGUUUCCUGCAAGAGGGUCUUCAGAGAGCUGAGGAUGCUGUGCUUCUUCAAGCAUGACAAUGUGUUGUCAGCCCUGGAUAUUCUGCAGCCCCCGCAGAUUGAUUGCUUUGAGGAAAUCUAUGUGAUAACAGAACUGAUGCAGAGUGACCUCCACAAAGUGAUCGUGUCUCCUCAGCCUCUCACCACUGACCACAUCAAGGUCUUCCUCUAUCAGAUCCUGCGAGGUUUGAAGUACCUUCAUUCUGCUGGGAUCCUGCACCGGGACAUCAAACCUGGAAAUCUUCUGGUCAACAGUAACUGCCUGCUCAAGAUUUGUGAUUUUGGGUUGGCGCGAGUGGAGGAGCCAGACCCAUCUCGCCACAUGACCCAGGAGGUGGUGACACAAUACUACCGUGCCCCUGAGGUGCUGAUGGGCAGCCGGCACUACGGCUCAGCCAUUGACGUGUGGUCUGUGGGCUGCAUCUUUGCAGAGCUGCUGGGUAGACGCAUACUGUUCCAGGCCCAGAGUCCCAUCCAGCAGUUGGAUCUGAUCACAGACCUGCUGGGAACUCCUCCUCUCUCUGCCAUGGCCUCGGCCUGCGAAGGUGCCAGAGCCCACAUCCUGAGGGGGCCACACAAACCGCCAUCGCUCUCUGUACUCUACAUGCUCUCUGAUGGCGCGACUCAUGAGGCGGUGCACCUGCUGUGUCGGAUGUUGGUCUUCGAUCCAGCUAAAAGGAUUUCUGGAAGUGACGCCCUGUCCCACCCUUACCUGGAUGAAGGUCGUCUUCGCUACCACACCUGCAUGUGUCAGUGCUGUUACUCAGUUCCCAGCGGGCGAGUUUACACUCGAGACUUUGAGCCGCCUGCUGAGCGACCAUUCAGCCACAGCUACGAGAACAGCCUGCUAUCUGUGUGGCAGGGCAAAGAGUUAAUCCAUCGCUUCAUAACGGAGCACCAGCAGGGCAAACGAGUGCCGCUGUGCAUCAACCCGCAGAGUGCCGCCUUCAAAACCUUCAUCAGGUCCACUGCAUGGCACUCCUCCAAGGUAUCAAGGAAGGAAGAGAGAUGAAGGAUCCUCCUCUCUGCACAGAGGAGCGACGGCAGUUUGAAAGAGGAAUUACAUUGGCCGUGGCAUCUGAAAGUGCUGGAGCAAAGAAUUUGGGUCUCUCUUUUUUUUUUCUUUUUCUUUUUUUUAAAUGAUGAGGUGCAGAGGGGAAAGUGACAACGCCCCAGCCACGUGGUUAAAAGAGCCGACCCACCUGUGCCCCCCUUUGAAAACCUCCUCAUCUUUGUUUCCGACAAAUGAAAUCUACAAAUUGUACAAGUUCCGUGAAAACUACCACUUCAAACUAAAGACUUGAACAGCUUGAUGCUACAGGCAUUUUCGGUGCUGAAACAAAACAAAAAUAUAUGCUGCUGAAGUUCUGGAGGAAGGAAAUGGAAGAGAAAUAUAUAGGCGUAGAUGAGGAAAAUUCCUGAACUCAGUGCUAGAUUGGGUUUUCCAUCUAGGUUAGUGGAGACAUCAAGGAAUAAUAAUUUUAAUUGUUUGAUAGAAUAAUUGUUUGGUUGAUUUUUUUUUUCCAAGUCAUUCCAGCCCUGUGCAAUAUGGUUUAAAAUGAAAAAAAUACAAAUGAUAGAGACCUGGGGUAAACAGUAAGCACCCUCAUAGUCCUAACACUCUGUGGGCUCUCUUGCCAACCGGUUUCAAACGAACCCCCACCAUGACCUUGUGCCACCUCCAGACACCACCCAUCCCAAGAUUCACGCAGCACAAAACUGCAUUUGCACGCAUUAUUCAAGCACGGCACUGUGUUCUCACAACUCGGGUUCCCCCGUCAGACACCUCAGUGUUGCGUUGAUGAUGAUGCAAUUUUUCCAGAGAUGUAGCAGUUUUCACCUCGGUAGUCAACCUUUUUGAGGUGCGUCUCCGCCAUUGAUCCACCACUUUUGUAAUCCCAUCCCCCGAGCAUCUGAGUUGAUAAUGUCAGAGACCAUGGAUCAGUGUUGGUAGACCACCUUGGCCCUCAGUGUUUCUCUUCCCAAGACUUGGGCCAUGUUCAGCAGGAGAAAAUGCUGGGAAGUCAGGGUUCCCAUGUGUCCUGGAAAACCUGGAAUGGACUGGUUUUCCAGUCAUGGAAAACUAGCCAUCUUUUACCAUACUGUAGUGCCACAUGUCAAAAACACACAAUUGUGCAAAAUCAACAUAUUUGUGUGCUGUCAGCCUCUUCUCAGCGUGUUCAGUUUUGAGCUGUUUGGCGACCUUGUCCAGUUUGAAUCCUGCUGAGGUGACCUGUGAGCAACAGUGAACAUGUAUGGAAGUCACAGAAUAUGUCCUUGGAAAAAUCCUGGAAAAUUACUUGGGGGAAAAGGGUGGGAACUCUGGAAAUGGAUAACAGUUGAGCAGGCAAACACAUGGAAAUGGACACUAAAGCAUGAGUCCCCUGUCAUCAGGAUGUGUAUUGGUGACUGUUUUUUAAUGCUAACAGCUAUAGGAAUUCUGACUCCUUUUUGAGUGCUUAUCCAAGUAUCCUAAGUGACUAUUCUGCAAAACAGAAAGAUGCCAAAUCAAGACCCGACAGCUCAUUUAUCUUUAAUGCCAGAAUGUGCAAGUUUGUAACUUUGUCUACUUUGUUCCUACCAGCUAAUAGCAAAUGAUAAUCCUAACAGGUGUUUACUGAACGCCAUUUUACUGAAAUUUCAUUUUCUUCGAUUUUUUUUUUCCCCUGCUGAACAUAGCCCCAGCUCAACCUCCUCAGCCAUGCCUUUCUGACCAAACCCAAGCAAUGUGCAAGAGAAAAAAAAAAAAGCAAGUGAUGGUGGGCUGACCGGGCAGGGGGGAGGAAAAGUAAGCAGCUUUGGAGUGUCAUGCAGAUCAUGCUUGUCCUAUUUUUAUUACUUAAUUUAUUGAGUGUCUGUCUGAAGAGUGUAUGUGCACCAAUGCGUGUCUUUUUUUUUUUUUUUUUUUUAAUUUUGUUGGCGUACACGGCCCUCUGCCCACAGUGAUCUUGUUACCUCAAAACCAGUAGGGGUGGGAAAGGAGGGGUGUGGACCCCGGAGUGCGCGUGGGAUGCGUGCAUAUCUAUAGACUGAAAUCCUCCUACCAUGUACUGCAACGUCAUUCCUUUGGAUUCACUGACUGUUCUUUACCUCUUCAGUCACUCCUCGUCUUUUUGUUCCACCGUUGAGUGUUGGCCAAAGGGGAGACAAAAGGUUUUGAAUGCAGAUGGUAGGGAGCUUGUUGGUGAAAUGCUGCUGUCUUUUUUUUUCUUUCUUUCUUUGGUUGUUGUAUUAGUUCCUGUUCAGUUUAAGGCUCAGGUGUCCCAUUGCAGACUAUGAAUUGUACAAACCCACACGAGGGAUGCACCAGUAUCGAUCCCAGUAUGGAAUAUCAGGCCGAUAGCUCGCUUGAAACGGCUAAUGGAGCGGUAUUGGAUUUCACCUGAUACCAGAUGACUUUCAGUUGCACCCAUAGAAGAGUGUUGGUUCUCUCUAUUGGUGCAAAAUAGAUUAUACCUAGUGUUUUUGUUUUGUUUUGAUUUGUUUUUGCUUUGUCAAGUGACCCCAAACAAAUACAUUAAAGUGAUCAUUUGGAUUCUUAGCCAUAUAGUGGUAUUGGCUGCUGUGUAAUACAUCCACCAAGUUUGGUCUAAAAACUCAAUAAGAGCUUCGCCACGAGUGCACUGCUGCAAAAUGAAGUAGAGGUGGACUGCAAAGCAACAUGAUUCAGAAAGGCAAAGCAAAAAAAAUGUCUAAGGAUACACAACAUCAUAUGUUGGUCACUAAAUCAUUAUUGAUACUCUUUCCAGCCCCAUUGCUCCCAAAUUGUCAAAAUUAAUUUCUUUCAAAAUGUGUAGCUGUAUCACCAUGCAGCAGCGCUCCGCUAGUUUCAAUCCAAAGGUGGAGCCCAGUCCAUUUAGGAGCGCUGUAGGUUGAAUAUGGCAGCUGUUUCAAGGCUUCUUCAUUUCUGCUCCAAGUUGACUCUCGUUAAGCCCCACACCUCCACUUUACAUGAUUUUGGUACCGAUGUCUUGGUGAGAUCCAAGCAUGAUGUUACAAAUCAUCACUCGUCCAUAUUGUUAUGUUGUAGCGUGAGCAGAUUCACUUGAUUUCUUUCAAAAAAGGUGAUGCACAAAUUAGCCCAAAAAAAAAAAAAUCAAUGAAUAAAAUACCAGAACGUUGGCCAAAAAAGGUGCCCAUGAGCCAAACUUGGAGGGUGUAUUUCACUCCCCUUGAGCAGCAAACCUCACUAAAUGGGUAACAGCCUGAAGUUUCACUUUGGGUCAGGGGCUCUGGACAUUUUCAUGGACCCUGCAGAGGCACACAUGAGGGCCACAGCCCCAGGUUUAACAUGUAGUCCAAGGGGCCCUUGUGGGGCCAUUCCUGCUGCGCUAUUGAAUUGUUCUGCACUGAACACAGGUAGACAAUAGUGGUGAGAGUGAAACUAUGAUUAUAAAAGUGAUAUAUUCUGUAACUGAGAUCAUUUCUACUGAAUUCAUGUAUAGUGAAGUUUAACCAUUCCUCAUAUUGCUGGGAGUCCCCUCAAACCCCCUUAAGGACCCCUGCUGGUCCCUGGACCGCACUUUGAGCCUUUGGUCUGUUGUUUACCACAACAGUGCUUCACAGUUUAAUAGAGCUAUGGAUCGACCAAAAUUGUUUUUAUUUAUUUUUUUGUUUUUUUUUUCCCAAGAUAGAUGCUGAUUACUAGUAAUCCACAACAAUAACCAAUAUUUAGGAUUGAUAUUCCUUUGUAGUAAAUUUGAUAUUUGCAGUGUCAAAAUCUGCUGUAUUAGAAACCAAAAAAAGAUUAGCACAAAAAGCAAUGAACAGAAGAAAACUAUAUUUAUGAUUAAAAUGAUAUAUUUAAAGGUCAGAUCAGUGCAGUGAUGUUGGAUGAGAUUUUUGCAACCCAUCCGUCUGUAAGGCGGAUCUUUCUGGAGGAAGGCGUCGUCCAAGCGGCCGUCAUAUCAACAUCAUGUAAAUCAAAGUUGUGAUAUCUAUUAUUGAACAAUUCUGAAUAUUGGCCGGGACCGGCAAUCGGUCAAUCCCUACUCAGAAUCGGUAGCAGUGCAUCCCUUAAACCCCAACAGGAAGAACCGCUGAGCAUCACGGACCCCUCAGCCAACCAGCAUGGGCCCUGGCACCAGGAGGCACUGGAGAGGUUGGAGUUCCCUCUUCCUGAAGCAGACUCUUGUACCCUGAAAACCUCACCCUGCCACCUUCUAGGAAGACGGAGGCCUCGUCAGCAGUUCAGCGCCAGCGUUGUCAUCCCACCACUAGAUGACACUGUAGGGACUUGAAAGAAUACUGAACUUUGUAUAUGUGCAUGUGUAUAUUUAUUAUCCCACAGAGAGCGUUUGGGUUUGAAUGCCGUGCAAUGGUUGAGUUGUCAGCAAACGUAAAUUUUGUGUUUUUAAUUUUAUUUAAUUCAUUUUAGGAAGUGGUUUUAUUCUGGAGUUUCUGUUGGGUGAUCCCAUCUUAGAACUUUUGUUUUUUUGUUUGUUUGUUUGUUUGUAGCGAGCCUUUCAGGUUAGGUAAGUUGUAAAUAGAUGGCCUGUGUUUGGUCUUUCCUCCCUUCUCCCUUGCACUUACUUCACACAUUAGUUGAGUGCAUUUAGGAUCUCUGUUGCAUCUUCAGCUCUUGUCUGUUCAGUGUUUAUCGCCAUUAGACGUUGAAGUGGAAGCUGUGUAGAGCCGAGCAGGGUGGACAGACAACUGGUCAUCUAUAGAGGUUAGACAUUUUUUCCCAGAUAUAAAAAGAAACUUGAUAUGUGUUUAUUAUGAAUAUGAAACCAAUGUUGUUUUGGAAAAAAAAAAAGUUCUGUUUUUGUCAUAACAUUUUAGCAAAAGUUUUUGUUUUUUUGUUUUUUUGACUUGUGUUCCCAACAAAUACUUGAAUUUCUUAAAAUGUUUAGAGUUGAAGUAGUGAAUGAUAAAUAAAUAGACACUGGAUAAUA